AUGGCGAAAUCAAUAGCUCAAGUCUUCAAAGACAUAUGGCCUAAGUUAGCUAUAUUCACAGUAAUGCUUGUAAUUACAAUAUUUUAAAAACAUCCUAUGACAUUAAAAGCCUUGGGUCAAAGUGAUGAAGAAAUUUAACAAUAAUUUAAUUCAGGUGAAUUCAAAACUACUCCUUUCGAAAAAGAUUAUCUUGCUUAUAUAUAAAUUGAGAAAAUUGCCUUUACUCUUGUUGUUUUUAUCAUUUUUUAUUGGUUUAGAAGAAAAAAUCUACAAUAUGAAGAAGAAUAAGCCAAAUUAUAUUUAGAAAAAGAAAAGGAAAAGAAAAUAGCAGAAAAUAAAAGACUACUUCAAGAAUAGAAAUACGAAUUUACUGAUGAUGAUAUCAAAUUUUAUAGAGAAGCUAAUGAAAAGAUGAAAUAAAAAGAAUAAAAAAAUAAACAAAAAUAUAAUUAGGAAUGA